UCUACCCCAAGAGUUUAUUCCCAGUUGAUAGACAAAAAAAGCCGGCUAAAAAAUGGAAAAGUUUAAUAAAGCGCAGGCAAAAAAUCUUGCUGCUGCCCAGAAACUGGUGGACACCUAUGCCUCCAGCUCCGAGGAUGAAGGCGAAUUGGAUGAGCAGCAUAUUUUAGAAUUGCUAUACAAGAACUACAAGCCGACUGAGAGCGCUGGAAGCUCCAAGGAUGCGGCCCGCACCAGCACUUUUCUGGAGAACACUCUUCACUCGGGCGCAGCCACUUGUCUCAUUUGCAUCGGAAGCAUUCGGCGAGUGGAGGCCAUUUGGUCCUGCGAGAGUUGCUACUGCUUCUUUCACCUGAACUGCAUCCAACGUUGGGCGAAUGACAGCAUGAUGCAAAUGAAGGUGAAGGCGGAGCAGCAAAACGGGCAGUCCAACCAGGGUUAUUACAAUCACCUAGGCGAGUUUGUGCCGCCCAAGCGCCAAAAGUCGCUGCACUGGUGUUGUCCACAGUGCCGCAGGGACUACCAGCCGACUGAGAAGCCCACGCAGUAUAAUUGCUUUUGCGGCAAGGAGGUGAACCCCCAAAACCAGCCGUUCCUAGUCCCUCACUCUUGCGGAGAAAUUUGCGGGAAGUUGCUGCAGCCAAAGUGUGGACACGAUUGCAAGUUGCUAUGUCAUCCGGGGCCAUGUCCUCCUUGUGCACAACAGGCACAGGUUUCCUGUUUGUGCGGCAAAUCUAGUCCCAGGUCUGUGCGAUGCAUCGACAAACAGUGGAGGUGCCAGCAGCCGUGCAAGAACCUUUUGGCAUGCGGCAAGCACAAGUGCAAUCAAGUAUGCCAUCGACCAGGACAAUGUCCGCCCUGCACAAAUAAGAGCCUACAACCUUGCGAUUGCCAGCGGGAAUCCAAGAUGGUGAACUGUUCCGAUCGCAAAUGGAAGUGUCAAAACGUUUGUGGUGCUCCUUUUGCUUGUGGUUUGCACAUCUGCGAAAAAGUUUGCCACGCCGGAGCUUGUGGCGAUGGCGAGUGUCCUUUGCAAGUCAGGAGUUGUCCAUGUGGAAAGAUUACUCAAGUAAGACCCUGUAACGAGCCUGAAGAAACCUGUGGCGAUACUUGCCAGAAACUGUUGUCCUGUGGGCAGCACACUUGUACUCAGCGUUGUCAUCGCGGUCCUUGCAUUUCCUGCCCCAUACGAACGAAAAAGAAAUGUCGGUGUGGCUUGCACGAAAAGGAGCUUCCGUGCUCCAAGGAGUUCACAUGCGAAACUAAAUGCAAGCAGAUACGGGAUUGUGGCAAACAUCCCUGCAAUAAAAAGUGCUGUGGUGAUCAGUGUCCCCCUUGCGAGAAGAUUUGUGGCAAGCAGCUGAGCUGCAACAAGCACAAAUGUCAGUCCGUGUGCCACAAUGGACCCUGUUACCCUUGUAAGCUGGAAUCGCAAAUUAACUGCCGUUGUGGGAAAACUAGGAGGAGUGUUCCUUGUGGCAGGGAAAGGAGUGCUCGCAUUGUGUGCCUAGAACUUUGUCGCAUAACUGCCAAGUGCCACCAUGCCAUUAGACAUCGUUGCCACAAGGGAGACUGUCCUCCUUGUAACCAAGUUUGCGGUCUUCCAAAUGACACCAGCAAGUGUGGACACAUCUGUAGGGCUCGUUGCCAUGAGGCAGUAAGAGUUAACAAACCUAAAGAGGCUAGGCCACAGGCCAAAAAGUACGAAUACAAGGCAUUCCCACAUCCUCGUUGUGAAGAAGGCGUUGUUGUCACCUGCAUCGGAGGUCAUGAGGUGGCCACCUGGCCAUGCUGGAACUCAAAGCCCAGCUCCUGUCAGAGAAAGUGUGGUCGUCAGCUUAAAUGCGGCAAUCACAAGUGUUCCUUGGUUUGCCAUUCUGUGGCGCUUCCAGAGGACAUGCAGCAGCAGGCUGGAUGUGCAAACUGUGAGGAGGGUUGUACUGUUCCCCGACCCUCCGGAUGUGUUCAUGCCUGCCCCAAGGGCUGUCAUCCUCCGCCCUGUGCGGCCUGCAACUUUGUGAUCAAGACCAAAUGCCACUGUGGGCUCAAUCAGUUGGUGUACAAAUGCAGCGAAUAUUUUGAUGAAUCGGGCGCCAUCGAGGAGAUUAUCGAGCGAAGGGAAAAACUACGCAGCUGCGGGAAUCGCUGCUUAAAGAAUUAUCCCUGUGGUCAUCGUUGCACAGCCAUUUGCCACUCGGGCAAGUGCCCUAAUCCCGAGUUGUGCCGCAAAAAGGUUAAAAUAUUUUGCGCCUGCAAGAGACUGAAGCAGGAGAUAGCAUGCGACAAGCAUCGAGCUGGUCAGACAUCCUUGGAGUGCGAUUCCCAUUGUAAGGCGGAGCAAUCCCGUGCCAAGGCGGCCGAGCAACAGCAUCUUGAGCAAAAGCGUCGCAACGAGGAAGAGCGAAAUCGCUUGGAACUCGAGAAAUUCGAGGCGAAGUUUGGCAAACGCAAACACAAAGAGCGUAAAACGAUAGAUGUCGGUCCAGCCAAGACCAAAAUCAACUGGCAGCGUAUAGCCAUUUAUGUUGUAUCUAUCCUCACAGUUGUCGGUGCCAUUGCGGUGGCCUUUUACGCGGACAGUUAAACAAGUGACAACAACCGAUCCAUAACGAGAAUUUGUAAUAUCAAUUUAAACAGAUAAGCAAAUAGAAUAAAAACAAUGACUGAUAAGCACUUCCAGCCAGUGCAAUAUUUGUCUA